GCAUUUUAAACAUCAAAAUCAAUAAGGGCGCUAGACAUUUUUUUUUACUGAUCGUGUUUCCAGAUUGGUUUGACAGGAUUUAUACGCCUAUAUAUGUUGUGUAUUUCUACUUGCUACACAUUUCUUUCUGUUUUAAUCAUGAAGAACAAUGUGUACAUUAAUUCCUUUAUGGGCUUUGCAAACAGUUUAUAGAGGAAUGUGAAAACGAAAGUAGAAGUGCUACAUUGUAAAACAUUGUGUAUCCUAUAUAAAUUAAUCAAAAUCAUGGGGCUGUUGAGAUUUUUGACGUUAUUUGCUUUUCUUCAUCAUGUAUCCAGUGAAGACAGCAUUACCUUGCCUUCUCAAAUAACAGAAAUGGCAAUUGUUGCCAAGACUUUUGCACGUUUUAGCGAAGUGACCGUGACAACAGUGGUUAAAAACACUAACAGUGAGAAUCAGGAGGUAAUGUUUGCCGUACAGGUUCCAAUGUCAGGUUUUAUUUCUGGAUUUCAAAUGACAACAAACAACAAAACCUUGCGAGGUCUUGUUCAAGAGAAGUCUGCAGCAGACAAAUCCUAUGAUCAGGCCAAAGCCUCCGGCACUUCUGCUGGUAAAAUCAGUCAGACUCCCUCUAUCCCAGGCCGAGAAAUGGAGAAUUUUGCUGUUUAUAUAAACGUGGCGGCAAAGUCCACCGCCAAAUUCAAACUUACUUACCAAGAAGUAAUAAAGAGGAAACUCGGACAAUUUCAGCAAAAGAUCCACGUGGAACCAAUGCAAAUUGUUCCCAAUAUGUCGCUUUCUUAUACGGUUGAGGAACCAGAGGGUAUUCAGACAUUAACAUACAUCCUUCCAAAUCAAAGACAGCAAAGGGAGAGCUCCUCCUCUGCAGUCGAUAUCCGAGCCACGCCAAAGAAGAGGGAGUUAGAGUUCCGACCUACAAUGGAGCAACAGCGAACAUUUAACAAGGGGGAGGGGAUCCGGGGGGACUUUGUUAUAUCAUAUGACGUCAAUCACCAAGAUGACGGGGGUGUCGUUUUGGUUCAUAACGGUUAUUUUGUUCAUUAUUUCUCACCAAGUGGGCUUGAAACGUUGCCCAAGAAUAUAAUCUUUGUCAUUGAUAUAAGCAGCUCAAUGCAUGGAUUCAAAAUAGCAAAAGUUCGGAAAGUGAUGCAAGUAAUUUUAGGAAAACUUCGAGAGAAAGACUACUUUAACAUUUUGCUGUUCGACAACAGAAUAACGUUAUGGCAAAGUAGACCACAGAAAGCAACAGUCUCGAAUAUUAGAGCUGCGCGAGGGUACGCCGAGGAGACAUUAGUUGUCGGAGGCAGUACGAAUAUAAACUCAGCUCUACUGGACGCUGUUGAUCUUUUGUUGAAUAUACAAGAUACUCAGGACACUAGAGGGAAAAUAAUAGUGUUCUUAACAGACGGCCACCCAACUGCAGGAGAAACUAAAACCCAAAAUAUCCGACUGAACGUAAAGAGAAAGAACGAGGGUUUGGCGUCCAUUUUUGCCUUAGGAUUCGGUCACAAUGUUGACAUGUCUUUUCUAGAAGGGUUAGCUUAUGAAAAUGGGGGAUUUGCUCGAAAGAUCUAUGAAGAAGUUGACGCAGCUGAGCAGCUGGAAACCUUUUACGAGGAGAUCUCUACUCCCCUACUAGUAGAUGUCCGAAUGGAAUACACUCCCACAGUUGUCCAGGAGGGUGACGUCACAGAAAGAAAGUUCCCGCAAUAUUUUAAUGGCUCAGAGCUGGUUGUGGCGGGAAAACUACGAGAGAACUCAGCGGCCGAAUGGCAGGCGAAGGUGAUAGGAGAAGGCGAAAGCGGACAAAGAUCUGGGAGUCUAGAAUUCAUUACCACGCCCAAGAAUCUUUUGGACGUGCCGGGGGUCACCGCUGACUUUGCCGAGAGAUACUGGGCAUUUUCUAGAAUCAAAGAACUUUUAAAAAUGAAACUAGUGGCUGAAAACGAAAUGCAGAAAAAGCAGUACCACGACCUGGCCUUAAACAUGUCCUUGGCGUACCAGUUUGUGACGCCGCUUACAUCAAUGGUGGUGACCGAGUCAGUACAUGCACGUGAGGAAAACAUGGCAAGACAGCCGCUAACGAUGGAUUUUGCUUUUAGUUCCAAACGGAAGGUCGCUGGAGGAAACGCAGUGAUUUAUGCACAAAAUGCUUACUUGUCCGGGCAGACAAAUUACCGUGUUAAUGCCUUGGUACUGUCUUUAAUGUUUGUCGUAAUUACAAGGCUGUAAGCUCUAUUAUUCUUUAACUCUGAUUAAUUGUUAUUGUGGUAUUUCUAUAUUGAAACUUUGUAUACAUGUACUUUAAAAGAGAGAAAUCCAAAAGUUGAAAGUUAAUUACAGUUUUCAUUGUUAUAAGGAUGUCUUUGUAUUGUCCUUUUCGUCUGUUUUAGUGUAAUAAUUUUCUGAUGAACAUCCCGUAAAUAACGGAACAAAUUUGAAUGCUAUAUCA